UGUUUUUAUCAGAUAUGCGCUUUCCUUAGCCUUCUGUUCUCACUCUCCCGUCUCACCAGCUCCUCCUCGUCGGCGGCUCCUCCAGGUCGGCGGUCCUCGCCGUCGCCGCCUCUUGCCCGUCUCCUGCUCGUCUCCGCCUCCUGCCCCUCUCUUGCUCGUCUCCGCCUCCUGCCCCUCUCCUGCUUCUGUCCAUUUAGAGGAGUGGGGAGCUUUUUAAGUAAAUGAAAGGCAAGACGAUUGUCCCAUCAUGUGAUUUACUGAAUUGAGAGAUGGCGUUAGGAAACCCGAGCUCCAGCCAGGACCCCGCCACCAGGGAUGUGGCACCACGGCGGUUCCCGCCGGCUGCUCAGCCGGAGAUCAUGAGAGCAGCCGAGAAGGAUGAUCAGUAUGCUUCCUUUGUCUAUGAUGCUUGCCGUGAUGCCAUUCGUCAUCUCUUCGGAACAAGAGUUGCCGUGGCUUAUCAGAACGAGACGCAACUUCUCGGACAAAUGUUAUAUUACGUACUGACAACUGGCUCAGGACAGCAAACACUGGGUGAAGAAUAUUGUGACAUAACUCAGGUUGCUGGGCCAUAUGGACUCCCUCCGACGCCAGCAAGACGUGUGCUUUUCAUUGUAUAUCAAACCGCAUUCCCUUAUAUUGCUGAGAGAAUAAGCUCUCGAGUUGCUUCUCGUGGGAUCUCUCUUUCUGACACUUAUUCAGAUGAGCCAUAUGGAGUCAGUGGUUUAGACAAUAAUGAAGAUCAAUUAAUCAUGACAACAGGAGCUCCCUCAUCCCCCACAAGAAGGGAAAAUUUAUCUGCUCUUUCGAGGUUUAGAAGGAGAUUAAAUGGAUUGUGGUUAAAUGCAGUUCAGCGGUGGCCGGCGAUGCUUCCUAUAGCUCGAGAAGUCUUGCAGCUGGUUCUACGCACUAACCUGAUGUUCUUCUACUUUGAAGGCUUGUAUUAUCAUAUAUCCAAACGCGCUGCAGGCAUUCGAUAUGUUUUCAUCGGAAAGCCCUCAAAUCAAAGGCCGAGAUACCAAAUUUUGGGAAUUUUUCUUUUGAUUCAGCUAUGCAUUCUUGCUGCCGAAGGCCUGAGGAGGAGUAACUUAUUGUCUAUCACCAGUUCUGUCCAUCAGGCAUCUUUAGGAAGCCACCAAACCUCAGCAGGGCGAGGCUUGCCUGUGCUGAAUGAGGAGGGCAACGUGAUAUCAGUGGACAGCGACAAAGGUAGCUGGACAAAUGACCCAUCAACUUCAGAGGGGACUAGUGGGAUAAGUAAGUGUACCCUUUGUCUAAGCAAUCGCCAACACCCUACCGCCACGCCUUGUGGUCACGUAUUUUGCUGGAACUGCAUCAUGGAGUGGUGUAACGAGAAGCCUGAGUGCCCGCUGUGCCGCUCCCCGAUAACACAUUCAAGCCUAGUCUGUUUGUAUCAUUCUGACUUCUAAUCAGUUCUAAAAGGAAGAGACUUUAGAAACAAAGUGUAUAUGGGACUUCGAGGUUGCUGUCCCUAAACGAAUAUAUAAAGAUGCAGAAGAAAUUAGGUGUAGCCUUAGGAUAAUGUUGCCGCACCACUGAAAUAGUCGACAUUAGGGAGGGCCUGAUCCCUCGCUAAUGAAGGUUUAGUGAGGGAUACGUAACCCUCGCUAGCAUUAGCGAGGGAUUAGUGAGGACACUGUCGCUCGCAAAUUAAAAAAUUAAAAAUUAAAAAUUUGUCUUCCUCGCGAGGGAUUAUUGAGGAUCGUAUCCCUCGCUAGGGUCGAAAAA